UAAUUAAGUUAGAUUUUUUUGUAAUUGCAAUUUUAUGGAACACGAUGGAACAUAACGUCAUUUCCCAGAAUGCUGUACUUUAACAAAGUAUUUAAAAUGGUUGCAAAACAGUUUUCCAAAGUAACUUUCAAUGUAUGUAAGAUUGUUUCUGUUGUGUGACUGUGGAAUUUCCUUGAGUUGAAUUGUCAUGAAUUCAUGAAUUGAAGACAAUUCUGAAAUCCUGAAUUUUUAUAUGCACAUUUUUAUAUGCAAACAACAUUGUCAACUCAACACACAUCAUGUUUGCUUAUGUUGGUUGAUUAAAAUAAUACUCUGAACCAUUAUGCAUAAGUUUUAUUCUUAUCCAAACAAUUUUGUGGUCACUGUGGACCGACUGACAGUCUACUGCUGUUGAGUUUGUGUUGCAAAUCUUUCCUGGCUCCUCCUCCAUGUUUUAGACCAAAUAAUUUCCUGGCCUGAUAUCUUAUCUGUUCAGUUUGAAGACUCAGUACAGCUGUGUGUAAAUCUCUUUUACUAUGGCUUUAGUGGAAACACUUCUCCUGAAUGUCUCCAGCACAGGAGCUUUACUCGCUGGUCUUCUGCUGCUUUUGGUUAUUUAUUUCUGCUUCAGGUCUCCAGAAGAUGACCAAGAACCUCCAGGACCCAAACCACUGCCACUCGUGGGAAACCUGCACAUUCUGGACCUUAAACAACUUCAUGUGAGCCUCUUGAAUUUAUCCAAGAAAUAUGGGUCAGUGUUCAAAGUUCAUCUUGGACCCAAAAAGAUUUUGGUUUUGGCCGGAUACAAGACGGUUAAACAAGCACUGGUGAACCAGGCUGACGAAUUCGGCGAAAGAGACAUAACACCCAUAUUCCAAGACAUCAAUAACUUACAUGGAAUCAAGUUAACAAAUGGUGAUAGGUGGAAAACCCUGAGAAAAUUUGCUCUCUCAACUCUUCGAGACUUUGGGAUGGGAAAGAAACUGAGCGAAGAGAAAAUUAUUCAGGAAACGCGAUAUCUGCGGGAAGUUUUUGAGACCUCCCAAGGAAAUCCUUUUGAUACAACCCAGCCAGUACAUUAUGCCGUUUCUAACAUCAUCUCAGCUAUUGUUUUUGGAAAUCGGUUCGAAUAUGAGGACCCAAAGUUUAACAAAAUGGUUGACAGUGUAAACCAGUUAAUCCUCAUGUUGGGCUCUGCUUCCAUACAGAUCUACAACGUGUUUCCAGUGCUUAGGCCGUUGCUGAAGACCUGGAGACUGCUAGUGGAAAGUGGGGAGAAAUACCAUGCUGAAAUACAGGUGCAAGUGGAUCGCUUGCGGGAGACUUUAAACCCUUUUGACUGCAGAGGAUUAGUCGAUGCCUUCCUCAUCCAAAAACAAAGCUCAGAGAAAUCUGGAGAAAAAGAUUCGCAAUUUAACGAUUUGAACCUGCUCAUGAUUUUGUCCAACCUGUUGGCUGGCGGCACUAUCACCACCGGCACAACGCUACGCUGGUGUUUACUGCUCAUGGCCAAAUAUCCUCACAUACAAGAUCGCGUUCAUGAGGAAAUUGACAGGGUGCUUGGCGGACGUGAACCGGUUACAGAGGACAGGAAGAAUUUACCUUACACAGACGCUGUGAUCCAUGAAAUCCAGAGAAUGGCGAAUGUAUUGCCCAUGAGUCUGCCCCAUAUGACCAGCUGUGAUGUGAACUUCAAUGGAUAUCUCAUCAAGAAGGGUACGUGUGUUCUGCCACUGCUGACGUCUGUUUUGAGAGAUGAGAGCGAGUGGGAGACGCCCGACACUUUUAACCCUGAACACUUCCUCAAUGAGAACGGUCAGCUGAUCAAACGUGAUGCCUUCAUGCCAUUCUCUGCAGGUCGCAGGAUUUGUUUAGGGGAGGGUUUGGCCAGGAUGGAGCUCUUUCUGUUCUUCACUUCUCUUCUUCAGUCUUUUCACUUCACUCCUCCACCUGGAGUCUCUGAAGAUGAAUUGGAUCUCACACCAGUUGUGGGUCUCGUUGUUCCCCCUUCACCACACAAACUGUGUGCAGUCAGUAGGGCAGAAAAACACAACCUCAAGUUAUAAAUAAAAUAGCAGAGUAACUAAAUCAGUAUAUACCUGAUGAUUGUAAAACAUAAAGACUCUUACAGUGGGGUCCAGUGACUUCUUUUUUAGCCCGUCUGUAUUUAGCCCGUCAUUAGCUUGCUGCCGACACUUCAAAUGGGUUUAUGAUAAAAGAGACGCUCAGGUUUGCCAGAUACGCAUUCAAUUUCAGAGUAAUCAGAGUUUAGUGUUAAGUUAGUGUCUUGCAAGUAUUUUGUAAACAUGAGUGUCUCUUUCUCAUAAACCCUUUCGACGUUUGUGCAGCAGGGACGUAUUAAGACAAGAAACACAAUCUACAUAAUUUGAAAUUGCACCAAUCGGAAGAGAAGUCACCAGCUACCACUGGACACUUAUAUCACAUUAUUAUUAAUUCAUUAUAAGACUCUUAGACUAUUAUAUUAUCUCAUUAGCUUUUACAUGAUACAUGUACAUUCCCCGUCUAAACAAAUUCAAUUGUAUUUCAAGUUGGUGUAAAAAUGUAUAUGCUGUAUAAAUAUAUGCAGAUCAAUUAUGCAUUUGGUUUUUAAGGUAAAAAACCUCUUUGGUGUUGCUUUAAUGAUUAAUGGUAAAACUUGGCUUGCUGUUGUCGAAAUUGCAGCUGGACGUGGAGGCCUGAAGGCUGCCUUAUAUACGCCCAUGAUGAUGAUGACUGACAGGCCUGAAUGUUUAGGCUCCUCCCAAACCUAAGUUUAGAACUACAUGUGGUGCAAAAAUCAUGGUAUUGGGAUGUUUUUAUACUACCGUGUUGGGCCUAUUUAUCGUAUACAAGGGACCAUGGAUCAGUUUGAAUACAUCAGAAUACUUGAAGAGAUUAUGUUGCUCUUUGCCGAAGAGGAAAUGCCCCUUAGAUGGGUGUUUCAACAAGACAACAACCCCAAACACACAAACAAGAUGCAAAAUCUUGGUUCCAGACAAAAAGGAUUGAGGUUAUGGAGUGGCCAGCUCAAUCCCCUGAUUUCUAACCCAUUAAAAACUUGUGGGGUGACAUUUUUCUGACGCAAAACCUAAAAAUUGACAGGAACUGUGGAUCCUGGGUUGAAAUACCUGUUUCUGGGUGCCAGAAGUUGGUUGACUUGAUUUGACACAGAUGUGCAGCAGUUCUUAACAACAAUGGUUAUGCAACUAAAUAUUAAUAAUUCAAUAGUUUAAAGUGAAGUUAGAUCUUAAGAAAUGUAUUCAGUUUUAAGUGUCUACAGAAAAAAUGCUAUUUUUUGAACAGCUUACUAUAAAUUUUCUUUGCUUCCCUUUUAAAGAACAAGACAGACUUGUAAAUUAUGUUAUUGCUUUGAUUUGUAAUGGAAUGUGUAAUUUUUUCAAAAAAAAAUUGAAAUAUGGAAAUAAAAUGUUUUUUUUUUUUAAUAAAAUGUUUGCACUUUA